AACACCUAGGAUGGCUCCGAAAGUAUUUUGGCGUGCCGAAAGUCAUGCCGAAAGUCUUACCGAAAGUCGAAAGUCUUACCGAAAGUCGAAAGUCCUACCGAAAAUCGAAAGUCUUACCGAAAGUCGAAACCCUUACCGAAAGUCAAAAGUCCUACCGAAAGUCGAAAGUCCUACCGAAAGUCGAAACCCUUACCGAAA